AAAGGUUACAAGCAUGGGCGAGAGAUAGUGUGACUGAAAGCUAAACGAGACAAGCAUACCAUUAUAAGGAAGAAAAGAUGAGUGGCGGCUUAGCACCAAGCAAAAGCACGGUUUACGUGUCCAAUAUACCCUUCUCUCUGACAAACAACGAUUUGCACAAGUUAUGCAGUAAAUAUGGAAAAGUUGUCAAGGUGACUAUUGUCAAAGAUAAGCAAACACGGAUGAGCAAAGGUGUGGCAUUUGUUCUUUUCUUGGAUAAAGAGUCUGCCCAUUGUUGUGCUCGGUCACUGAACAACAAACAGCUGUUUGGUAGGACGGUGAAGGCCAGUAUUGCCAUUGACAAUGGCAGAGCAGCAGAAUUCAUCAGAAGAAGGAACUACACAGAUAAGUCAAGGUGUUAUGAAUGUGGGGAUACUGGUCACUUAAGCUAUUCCUGUCCAAAAAAUCUUCUUGGAGAAAGAGAACCUCCCCCAAAGAAGGAGAAGAAAAAGAAGAAGAAGAAGGUACUGGAGCCAGAGGAGGGGGAGCCAGAUGAAAGUGAGGAUGAAGGAGAGGAUCCUGCACUUGAUAGCCUCAGUCAGGCAAUUGCCUUCCAGCAAGCUCGUAUUGAGGAGGAGGAGAGGCGGCGGACACAGGUGCCUGAGGACUCUGCCCGGGCCUCUACGUCAGAGGACUCACACAAACCAAGGAUCAAAAAGAGUACCUACUUCAGUGAUGAGGAAGAGCUGAGUGACUGAUGUCUUUGAAAGCACAGCAGCUCAUAAAUAUGCAGCAAUAGAAGUUUCAGAAGGUCAGCUUUACAGCUGUGUCAAACCUGAAGAGGACAAUGUUUGACUCAAAAUGAUUUUAGCCCUCCCCUCAGCUGUAAUAUGUAAUCCUUGCUCUACUUGUGUAAAUUAAGCACUAGGUAGAUUAAUUAAAUCCCUAAAAUUAUUCCUUGUUAAGAGGGAUUUCUGACAGGGGAGUGUGUGUG